AUGGCCCAACUGCGCUUUCCAGAUGCUGAAAUCGUACUUCUGGGGGACUUUAAUGCAUGUCACCGUGAGUGGCUCUUCCCGUUCCAGAAAACUGACCAUGCUGGGCGAGAGGCCUUCAACUUCGCGACAUCAUAUAACCUCUCUCAGCUGGUCAACGAAGCAACCCGUGUGCCCGAUAUCGCUGGUCAUACAGCUAAUUGCUUAGAUCUACUACUUACAUCCGAUCCGGACCGCUAUGUGGUAGAAGUUUCCGCUCCACUUGGUACAUCUGACCACUGUUUGAUAAAAUCCGUUUCGACAUGCUCUCCUCCUGACCCUACAAUCGGGGCCAAAAGGAGAGUAUGGAGAUACGGUUUGGCUGAUUGGGACGAGAUGAGAAAUUUCUUCGCUGCUUAUCCUUGGCGGCAGGUUUGUUUUUCUACUAACGAUCCAUCGAGCUGUGCGGAUAAUGUCAUCGAUAUUAUUCGUCAAGGAAUGGAGUAUUUUAUACCCUUCUCUGACGUGCACAUCGAUGACAAAGCUCGACCCUGGUUCAAUGCUGAUUGCGCAACGGCUGAAAGAAAUAAGCAACGUGCAUACCAAGCCUGGGCCGAUGCUCGAAUUCGCAAAGCUCCUGACCUCCAUGAAAAAAAGAAAAUAUUCAACAAAGCUGCCAAACUCAGCAAAAAAGCAUUGAAGAAGGCAAGGUUUGACCACAUUCGCCAUAUUGGACAUAAAUUAACCUCUUAUCCUGCUGGAAGCAAGGCAUUCUGGUCUCUUGCGAAAGUGGUUGAAUCCAAUUUCUCUCGACCAUCAAUUCCUCCACUCCAAAAACCCGAUGGAACACUUGCCCAUUCUGCAAAAGAAAAAGCGGAGACCUUUGCUAAACUCUUUGCUGAAAACUCUCGCCUUGAUUCCAUGAACAAAACACCUCCAUCCAUACCAAAUUGCGGUUCAGUUAUGCCUGAUAUAUCCAUUAGGCAAAAGGAUGUUCUACACAUAAUGCGUAAUCUCGACGUGAACAAGGCAAGUGGACCAGAUGGGAUACCAGCUAUAGUCUUAAGGACGUGCGCACCUGAAUUGUCGCCGGUCCUGACUCGCCUAUUUCGACUGUCUUUAAAGUCGGGAAAAGUUCCUAAGUCUUGGAAGCUAGCAAAUGUGCAACCCGUUCCUAAAAAGGGAAGUCGUGCGGAUCCAGCUAACUACCGACCAAUUUCGAUUACGCGGUAG